CUUUGAUUGAGUUUGGGGGGGGGAGGGGGGUAGGAAUUUUUAACUUGACACGAGAUCAAGAUUUUUAUGCUAGAUUGGCUAGAGUGUAGAAAUGCAUUUGACUCUAAUUGGAGUGACACUAUUAAGUGAUCUAAAAUAAUCUACCAAACUAGGAAAUAGCCUGUAUAGAAUAUGGUGCCAAUAGGCCAACAUCAAUCUAGUCAAUUUAGAGUACUUUUUAUAAGAACCUGCAUUAUGGCACCAUUUUUCAUGUUUGCAGCUUCAACUGUCUUUGGCACUGUAGCAGCCGCUGCUGAAAGCUGGGGAAAGAAUAUUAAAUGGGUGACUAUGAAAGAAGCUCAAAAGCUUGCCAAGGAGCAAAAUAAACCAACAAUGAUUCUUGUCACCAAGACUUGGUGCAGAGCAUGUAAAGCUCUGAGACCAAAAUUUGCUAGCCAUCCAGAAAUUGAAAAAAUGAGCUCCGAAUUCAUUAUGGUUAAUAUGGAGGAUGAAGAUGAGGUAAAAAAUCCAGACCUACAGCCAGAUGGAACCUACUUUCCUAGGAUUCUUUUCUUGGACUCUGAAGGAAAUGUGCUGACUGAUGUAUAUAAUAAAGAGGGUAGCAGUCAGUACAGAUAUUAUUAUAGUGAUACUAAACCUAUUGUUGACAGCAUGAAUGAAGUCUUGAGAGCUGCUGGCCAGAAGGUAAUUAAAGGCAAAGAGUUGUAACUAACCCUGGAAUGUGUUACUGACACUAGAAUGUGAACACAAAUGUAUAACAAACUUUUGGUCCUUUUUUGUCCAAUAUUUAGUAGAUGUUGUCUCAGUUGACAACCAAAUCAUCUAUCAUAACAUGUGUUGUAAUAGUUACAACUUUUAUAUCUUUUUCAUGUAUUGAUAUGCAUCUUUUUAUAACUUAUAAAUAAUUGUUCUUCACAUUACUUAUGAUGAGCAUAGAAUAAAAUAAAAAGAUCUUAUAUUCAGAA